CUGGUGGCUCGCUCCACGUCAAAACGUCGAAUGGUCGAUUGCGUACUUCCCGCGUGGCCUUCCCAGAUCAAAUAUCUGAAACGCUCUCCCGCCCGCAACCUUGGAUGCUGCGGGCUACACGCAAUGUUGAAUUUGUCCAACCUCACUCGCAGCCGAGUGUCUCUCCGUUAGAAUGGCGUCGUCUAGCUCGUCGUUGUCGCAGUUCGACGAGCCCAAACCGUCCGCUGCGACCCUGUUAUGGCAGGCCUCCCAGUAUCGGCCGCGAACACGCAGGACCAAGGCAAUUGCCUUUUCCAUACUUUCUUUCUUGUUGCUACUAUGGAUGAUGUCCUCGUCUCGGCAACAAGCCGAGCCGAACUUCUGGACCAAAUUCCCAUCGCGUCACCCCUUUUCUGAACGCCCCGAAGAUGCGCAGGUCGCUCUUCCUCGAAAGUCAGAUCUCUCCGCGAACGAUACCCUCCCUCAUGACCUGGGAAAGACCAACCCCCACCUCCAUGUUCUCGUGCCGACCGUGAAGGGUUCCCGCGGCGCCUGUCGCACGAUGACGUCUGCUAUGAUUCUCGGAUAUCCGCCUCCAACAUUGAUCGGUUACGGCCAUGAAAAGCCCGGGGCGACCGAGCUCGAGCGUACGGUGGAGCAAAUCACUCGCGUGCGGGAUUAUCUCCAGACUAGCCGCGUCGUCAAGGAUCGGGAUUUCGUGUUGAUUGUCGACGCCCAGGAUGUCUUCUUCCAAUUACCUCCGCGGGUCCUGGUAGAGCGAUUCCAGGAUCUCAUUCGGAAGAAUAACCAGAAGCUGCAGAAGAAGUAUGGCUUUGCCGUGGUAGAAAAACCCAAUGGAGCUUCUCCGGAUCUAGUGCAGAAGUAUACCCAGCGAGUUCUGUUCGGAGCUAGCAAGCUCUGUUACAGUGCCUUGGACAGUGACCCUGGAUGCGUCUCUGUCCCAGAGUCAAGUCUACCCCCAGAUGUCUACGGAUGGAAGACGGAUGUUCAUCCGGAUGGACAUUUGAAUCGGCCUCGGUGGUUGAAUCCCGGCGCAGUGAUUGGCCAGGCUGCCGAUCUGAGAAUCAUUUAUGAUGAGGUUCUACGUGUGAUGGAGCAGCGCCACAAGAAGCAUGGCGACUACCAGGCCCUGACCCAGAUCUUUGGACGACAAGAAGUGGUCCGAGAACUGGAGCGGCUUCGUACCGUCAACAGGAUCAAGGAAUGGGUCUACGGGAUGCUGGGUAUAUCCGAUGCAAUCAACAUUGAUGGAAUCAGUGUUCGUCUCGAGACUGGCCAUCGCUACGAGUACGGCAUUGGUGUGGACUACGAGUCCCAGCUCUUCUUCAAUCAGAUCCUCUCGCGCAAUGAUGUCGAGUGGAUCAAGUUCAAUAAUAUCACCAAGACUUCCCUCCUCCAAGGGCAAUUCGGUGUUCCACGAGAACACCGUCUUCUUCUUCCAGAAGACAUUGCGGCUCUACCGAACCCCUUCAACCAAACUCGUUUCGCCAGGGAACAGACCACUCCACCAGCGUACAACGCGACCUUGGACAAGCUCCCAAACCCGAAAGACCACUCGUGGAACAACAUUCCCCUCAUGACAAACCCUCAUUCUGCCUCCGUCCCCGUUCUGGCCCAUCUUAACGGAGAUCCCAAACUGCGCAAUGUAUGGUGGGAGAAGAUGUGGUUCUUUCCAUGGGCCCGUGCCUUACUCCGUCGAUACGUCCGCUCCUCGCACGGGUUCGAUACUGCACAGUCCGCACUUUUGGGUGGCCAGGAGUGGUGGGAUAUGCGUGGUGGACGUGGUGGUCUGUGGACCGAUGACGAGAAUUGGGUUACAGUCUCUGAAGUCUGCGAGGGCCAGGAGCGAGAUCUAUUUGAUGAUGAUCUCGGUCCUUGGGCUAAGGAGAACGGCGAUCCGGACGUGCCGGUCUAUAAUCAGUUUGGGAAUCUGAUCAAGGGGAAAGAGAAAGAAGAGGAAGAGUUCCUCUAGACAUGUCCCAGGUCUCGGUUUGACCCUUUUCCUUUAUCUUUUAAGAAUAUGGCAUUGAAGGUGUUCCUCAUAAGCCUUUUCAAGCUUUCCACUUUUGGGAUCUCGAGAGUUGGAUCUACCAUCCCACUGCUGCAAGAAUACCCAGCACUUUCUUUUUCGCUCGAUACCAACGUUUAUUUUUGCUAAGACCAUGGCAUUGUAGCCAUGCUCUUAGCCACUGAUCAUGGAGUACCGGUUCAUCGUUUGGGUUGUAUCAUAGAUAGAUGUCAAAGUCCUUAUUAAAGUGGCAUACAUAAUGAGAUCAAAAUUACAAGCUCCAAA